UGACUUGGUAAAUAUGACGUCACACGUAGUUACAUCGGCAACUAGUGUAACUUACUACAGCGCGCUUUUUCGGAUCAACAAACUAUCACAGAAAACUCUUAUGUUUGAAAGAAACGGAAAGAUUUUGUUUUCAAGAAAAUAUCCCGAGAUAACUUUGAAGAUACUCAACCAUUUUUACAGGAACACAAUGGACGAGCAGAUUCCUCGUCGUCCAGCCAGUCAGUCUCUUGACAUUCACCCCAGAAAGGGACAACACUAUGAUACAGCAUACGACCAGACUACAUCUAAUGGAGGCAGCAACAGCGGAACAGUCGGAGCCACAUACUAUAACACAAACACUGGAACUGACCAGCAGUUCUCUAACACCAACAGAUACAACAUUGGAACACGAACUGACCAGCAGUUCUCUUACACCCACGGAUACAACUUUGGAACAGGAACUCACCAGUACCUUCAAAACAACAACGGACGGAAGCAAUCGCCAAACCACGACUUGGCCGCCGGAGUGGUGCCAGUAUGCCCGUGGUACGUAAGAGAGACCAAUGUUGCCGACGGUCAGAACGGCGAAUUAGGAUGGUAUAUGUACAACCAAACGUCAGUCGACGCCAAUAAUUACAACCGGAACCAGACUGGUCCGUCGUACCAAACUAUUUAUGACGUUAACAAUACCAAUGGACGCUGUGAUGGAUCGUACCCGACACUCAUCUCAACAGCAGUAAAGGGUACCAGCCAUCAUGUCAACGUAACAUGGACAAAAAGCUCCAACGAUUGGAGAAAUGAAAUGGGGUGUUACGGCAAUACGACAUGGGCAGACAACAGGAAAGGGCAGAGAAUCGCAAAACCAGCACAGGGGCACGACGCUUUAUCUUGUGACACCGCUCAUGGCAAUGUCCCAAUUAAUGGACCGGGAACAUGGAACAACAGGCUCCUGUGUUGCGAGUGUCACCAACACCAAAGUUGUCAAUCACAGAAGGCCAAGGCUGUUUUACGAGCAGAAGAGACGCUAGGUGCCGCUUCACGUAAACGUAAGGUAUUUGGUGAAACCGAGACCACACCAAACACAUAUGUCACCAGUGCACCAACAGUUGACAAGCGCGCCCUUUAUAGUAAAUUUCGUGUGGUGAAGAAAACAGAGCGAUCGCCAUCAUGCACCGAAAGUUCAAAAGUUACACCGAUGUUGUGGCGAUCCAAACUUGGUGACAGAAGCAUUGUUGACGUCAAUUAUGAUGAUGGUUUACCAAUCAACGCAAAAAUGGCGAAGACUGUACCAACCUUGACCCCUGUCAAGGAAAACGAGGCGUCCGCAUCCAUCGGGAACAUACAAUUCAUCACGCUGGAAAACAUGAAAGUCGUUCGGAGGAAGCUGGAGGUGGUGCUGGCCAUACAACAAAGAGAGGAACGACGAGAACGCCUCAGGUUAGAGGCCAAGGUUAGAGCCAAGGUGAAGGUCAAUGCUAAAGAGAGGGCGAGAAAGGGCAAGAAAUGCAAUGACCGCAAACGUCACGUGGAGAUUUAAGCUUGAAAAUGUAGUAAAAAUGAUAUUUUAGAAGUUUACAAUUAUCGCCUUUAUCAUUAUGGCCGAAUUUGAAGACUAAUAUGUGGGGCCUUCAUUUGAUUUUCAAUGAACGGCCUUAAACAUUUAGAAAACAAAAACAAAAACAAAAACAAAAAAACAAUCUCAAAUUUUUGAAAUUCCUUUUCUAUAUUUUCUAUUUUCC